AUGGCUUCUCGCGAGUUCAGCCUCUCCUUCGAGGUUGCUCCUCCGGCCUCCGUGCGCCCCAGUCAAACUUUCACCCUCCCCGUGACGAUGUCAGUGCGUCCAAUUGGAACACCCUCUCAGAGCGUACAUGCCCUCGUACUCAAUGCAUCCCUACGGAACGAAGCUGGUACCGCCGCUGCUACAGGGUUAACUGGCAGCCUGACAACAAGCGUUUGCGACAGUGCAAUGAGCGGCUCCGCCAAAUUCACCAGCCUAGCCAUCUCAACGCCUGGCAAGUACCGACUGCGCGUGAUGCUAGCCACAGCGUCGCCAAAUGGUAUUGUUACCAAAGCAUUUGUGGAUUCCGGAAUAAUUACUGUGGCAUAA